AUGGCUGGUUAUCCAGACCUCCAAACCUUCGGGCUCAUGGGCCACCAGGGAGAGGAGGGAGGGGGGGGGGAUAGAGAGGAAAUACGUUACCUGGGCUCGCUGGAAGCCUUCGUGUCGUGCAGCACCAGGCCGCAGAGCAGCUUGGUGAUCGGCUGGAGGGAAAAGGAAAGCAGGAGUCUACGAGUCACUUCUUUCUUUACCAAGAGGGGUGUGUGGGACCUGGACCACCACUGUGAACUCAAUCUGAUAGCCACAGCAGGUGUGGAUCAUCAGGUCUUGCUGUGGAACCCGUAUGUGACCUCGGAGCCGGUUUGUGUGCUCGGCGUGCACACGAGCCCCGUCACCGCGGUACGCUUCAUGCAGACCAAGCAACAGCUGCUCAGCUACUCCAGAGAUAAGGUCCUGUGUCUGUGGGAUGUAACUCAUCAGCUGUGUGUUCAUCGUCUGGCCGGUGUCUUCCCAAAGACCCAGGAGGACGCACACACGCUCCUGUUUCUGCACGAGGAGCGUCAACUCCUCUUGCUAUCCUUCAACAGUCUGCUUCUCCUGCUGGAGACGACGAAGGAGGAGAAGAGGGCCAGCAGCCAUGAGCACCCUGUUACCUGUGUGCUGUAUAACAGUCUGUUCAGACAGGUAGUCAGCAGCGACUCUGCCUCCUCUGUGAUCUGCUGGCUGCCCGACACGGGCCAAAAGGUCAAGCAGUUCCACCGCUGCCAUGGCAACGCCGAAAUAUCCACCAUGGCCCUGGAUGGCACGCAGACCCGGCUGUUUACUGCAGGCACUGACGGAGAGGUCAAAGUGUGGGACUUCAAUGGCCGCUGCCUCCACAGAAUGAACGCCGGCCUGGGUCGGUCUGUGGGGAUCUCGCAGAUCCUGCUGCUGAAGAGGAGUAUACUGGUGAUGGGCUGGCAGAGGAUGUUCACAGUUUUCCGUCUGCAUUCCUUCUCGCAGUCUUUUGUUGAACCGUCAGAGUGGAAGGGAGGCGUGCAGCAUCGCAGCGACGUGCUCUGUGCCGCAUUCCAGCCUCCACAGACUCUGGUCACAGGAAGCUACGAUGGAGAGAUGAUCGUGUGGAACAACAGCACAGAAAAGGCUUUGAGGAAACUGCGAACACAUGCUGAACACAAAGAAGCUCAUCUCCCAGAUGCUCCUCUUGGUGGAGAUGGAAAAGAAGACUCCGAUAACGCCAUAACGAGAUUGUUCUUCAUCCCUGGACGCACAUCUGCGGCGGCAGCCACAGGUGGUGCAGACUUGGUGUCGUGUGGAGCUUCAGGUGUGGUCAGACUCUGGAACACCGCCCACGGCUGCCUGGUGGGACAGUUCACAGCUCACAACGGGGACCUGGGCUCUAUCGUGGCGACUGUCAGCCCCUGUGGAACAUAUCUAGUCACAGCUGACAGAGAGGGGACACUCAAGACUUGGGACAUACAGCAUUAUUGUCUUGACCCAGAUGACGGGGAAACCAAAGAACCUCCAAACCCAUUGUGUAGUUUCCGCCCACACCUUGAUCGCGUGACACACCUGGAGAUGUGUCUCCACCGCGACAGACUCGUCGUUCUGUCGGCGUCGUCGGACUGCAGCGUGGCUCUGAGCUACCCGAGUGGAGACACCGUCGGUCUGUUCGGACAGGAGGAGCAGUGGUGCUUGGAGAGAGCUGGACAUCUGCCCGUGCAGCAGGAACCAGAGCUGAACCAGAGAGAGCAGGGAGGGAACACCUCCAUCUCCCAGUGAGACACUCCCUGACCCAGGACCUGACACCUGUGCAAAGGGUGGAGAGGUGGGAAUAAAAGACGAGGGAGAGGACUGUGGGACGGACGCAGGAGUGGACAGGAGAAGAGUUGAGUGUCUGAAGUGCAUUGUGCUGCUUCACUGUGAAACGUCAUGUUGAGUGGGAUUUCAGAGGAACAACCCAAACAUUUGAUCUUUCAGUUAAACUAAUAAAACUAAGCUAUUGUCGAUCAUGUCGUCAAAAGAUUGCAGCUUUUUCACAUUUUUAUUUCUGUACCUCAGGACAGUGUGGUGUGUAGCUGAAGAGUCAUGCUGCCUUUCACAACUACAAAGAAUGAAAUAGCCUUCAACAUUUUUCGGGGGAAUUAGAGUGCGACAUAAAAUGAAAGUCCGUAAAAGCUUGAAUCCUCAAUCCCCCCCCCCCCCCUCCCUCCAUUCAUUGCCAGUGGAGUAGCUCCAGGCUACAUUUGGCACCAUGCAUUUUAUUCUCUGGUUUUCCACAUUUGUGAGAUAGAUUUUUAUGCCACAAAUACUGAUAGGACUGUUCUUGUACUUUGAUAUUUUAAUCAUUAAACUAAACCUUAAAGACGUCUCCAAGUGGAUAUUUAUGAUGGUUUACUACGAGUUGACAGACUACGACACAUAAAAUAGUGCCCAGAUUCAGCCUGACUGACAAUUUAGUGUUCUGUUUGUCCUCAUGCCUUUUUUUUGUAACGUUGUCUUAUUGACUUUUUGCUUAUAUACACACAUGUUUUCCCCAAAACACUUUACUGUUAUUUGAUGUCGUACUGAUUU